GCGGCCGUGAAAAGGCGACUUCGCUGAGGGGGCAGGGAGAAAGGGGCGAAAAAAAAGGCUUCCGCGACGGAGAAGACGAGGCGGCGACGAGGAAGAAGGCGCUCCCCCGCCUCAGUUUCUACCCCUUACCCCGCUUUGGUGGCGGUCGGGUGAGGAGAAAACACACCGCGAGCCCUAGAGAGAGGAGCGGCGGGGACAUUCCGGGCAUGGCCCAGGUUGAAAUAAGAAAAGGACACCUGCAUGCGGCCAGUGAAGAUGCUCUUUGCUUCGACACCAGCUAUUUAAGCUGAAUGCAUUGUGAUUUCCAGUAAUUGAGACAGUGAUUCUGAAAGCUGUCUACAUUAAUGAAAAGAACAAUGUAGUCAGCUUAAUUGAAUCAUCAGUGUUGCUUAUUGAAUAGAGCAUGACAAAUCCUGUCUUGAUGGACUUCUGCAUGUUAGGAGUAUAGAUUUAUUUGCCUUUUUUUUUUAAUUUAAAGCCUUGUGGGGUGGUUUGGUUUUGUUUUUUUGUAAGUUUUAAUAAUGGAGAAUUAUGAAAAUGCACCUCCCCUCCCAAAAGAGCCGGCAACAGAAGUGAAUGUGGAGAACCAUUCUUGUCCCCCACCACUGCCGCCUAAUGAACAGCCUCCACCACCUCCCCUGCAAACGUCCAGUGACGCAGAGGUAAUGGACGUUGGCUCUGGUGGUGAUGGACAGUCAGAUACCCCUGCUGGGGACGUGCACACUGUCGACAGAACACAGCUUCUCACAAAGGGAUCUUCAUGCUACAAAAGUCGUCUUAUCGUAGAUCCUAAUAGUGACCAAAGCCCAAGAACUGCUCGUCACGCGCCUUCAGUUAGAAAGUUCACCCCUGAUCUUAAGUUGCUUAAAGAUGUAAAGAUUAGUGUUAGCUUUACAGAGAGCUGCAGAAGUAAAGACAGAAAAGUGCUGUACACUGGAGCUGAGCAAGUUUAUGAGACAGAUUCAGAUUUAGGUAUUAAUAAUGUCAAUGGGGAUAUGCAUGCUUGUCCUCUUGCUGGGGGUAGUAAUGGUCAAACUACAUGUGUAGCUGGUGAAAAUGAUGAGAAAAAGGAGGAUGAAAACGAUGUAGAUCAGGAAAAACGAGUGGAGUAUGCAGUUCUGGAUGAUUUAGAAGAUUUUACUGACAAUUUGAUGGAAAUAGAUGAAGAAGGAGGUUUUACAUCUAAAGCAAUCGUUCAGAGAGACAAAGCGGAUGAAGAGACCUUAAACUAUUCUUAUGAGGAUGAAUUUGAUAAUGAUGUGGAUGCUCUGCUGGAAGAAGGUCUUUGUGUUCCCAAGAAAAGGAGAAUUGAUGAGAAAUAUGGAGGGGAGAGUGACCAUCAGUCUGAUGGUGAAACAAGCGUGCAGCCAAUGAUGACCAAAAUAAAAACUGUUCUUAAAAGUCGUGGCCGCCCUCCUACAGAGCCUUUGCCUGAUGGAUGGAUCAUGACAUUCCAUAACUCAGGCAUUCCUGUAUAUUUGCACAGAGAAUCCAGAGUUGUUACCUGGUCCAGACCUUAUUUCUUGGGAACAGGAAGCAUAAGGAAGCACGAUCCUCCUUUGAGUAGCAUUCCUUGUUUGCAUUAUAAAAAAAUGAAGGAAAAUGAGGAAAGGGAACAAAGUAAUGAUAUCACCCCAAAUGGUGAAGUAUCACCUAUAAAACUCACGGAUAAGUCUUUAGAAUUGGAUUGCCAAACAGAGGAGCCGGACUCCACUGCUGCUGAUUCUGGGACUUUAGAUGAGAAAGACCCAUCUGGGGGAGAUGCAGCACAAGGAGCCUUAGGUCAAGUUAAGGCCAAAGUUGAAGUGUGCAAAGAUGAAUCAAUAGAACUUGAAGAUUUUAGACACUACCUUGAAAAACGUUUUGAUUUUGAACAAGUAACUGUAAAGAAGUUCAGAACCUGGGCUGAGAGACGACAGUUCAACCGCGAGAUGAAGAGGAAACAAGCAGAGUCUGAACGACCCAUUUUACCAGCCAAUCAGAAACUUAUUACUUUGUCUGUACAAGAUGCACCCACGAAGAAAGAGUUCGUUAUUAAUCCCAAUGGGAAAUCUGAAGUGUGCAUCCUGCAUGAAUAUAUGCAACGAGUCCUAAAGGUUCGACCUGUUUACAAUUUCUUUGAAUGUGAGAACCCAAGUGAGCCUUUUGGAGCCUCAGUUAUUAUUGAUGGAGUGACUUAUGGGGCAGGAACUGCAAGCAGCAAGAAACUUGCCAAGAAUAAAGCUGCCCGAGCUACUCUGGAAAUCCUCAUUCCUGAUUUUGUGAAACAGACUUCUGAGGAAAAGCCCAAAGAUAGUGAGGAAUUAGAGUAUUUUAACCAUAUCAGUAUUGAGGACUCACGGGUAUAUGAACUGACCAGUAAAGCUGGACUCUUGUCUCCAUAUCAAAUCCUUCAUGAGUGCCUUAAAAGAAAUCAUGGCAUGGGUGACACAUCCAUAAAGUUUGAAGUGAUUCCUGGUAAAAAUCAGAAGAGUGAAUAUGUCAUGACAUGUGGGAAACACACUGUGCGUGGCUGGUGUAAAAACAAGCGAGUUGGAAAACAGUUGGCAUCUCAGAAAAUCCUUCAGCUGCUUCACCCACAUGUGAAAAAUUGGGGCUCUUUAUUGCGCAUGUAUGGUAGAGAGAGCAGUAAGAUGGUUAAGCAGGAGACUUCUGAUAAAAGUGUGAUAGAACUUCAGCAGUAUGCCAAAAAGAACAAGCCAAAUCUCCACAUUCUGAACAAGUUACAGGAAGAAAUGAAGAAAUUGGCACAAGAAAGAGAAGAAACACGAAAGAAACCGAAGAUGACAAUUGUAGAAUCUGCUCAACCUGGCAGUGAGCCUCUGUGUACUGUUGAUGUGUGACCGGAAGGUGUGAUAAGUGGGGAGCAAUAAAAAAAAAAGUGAAGAAAACUAGUUUUUUCCAACAAUUAAGAAUUAGUUUACUUCAGAAUGCAAAAUAACAAUAAUCCAAGUGGCUCCAAAUAUGCAUUGUUCUUUUGCAACAUGGCAAUAGUACGGAACGUUGCAUUUUUACCUCCCACGAUUUACAUUUAUACCAGAGAGCAAAAUCCUCCGUGGGCCAAUGCAGAGAGGGCAGGAGGCAGGCUUGUUCACAUAACAUAAGCUGAAGCAAGCCACUCCCCUCACCCCAUAAAAGUAUCCAUGCUGUCUUUAAUAGAUGUGUUUAAAGAUUAAAUCCAGAAUAUCUAAGUAAAGGGUGGCGUGAAUGUAUAAUAUAGGAAUAUAACUGUACACGCUCUUGUAGGAACAUGCUGACAACUUUUUCCCCCCGAAGAAGAGCUUUGUUGCAUUUCAGCACAGAAUAAUAUGCACUGAUCAAACACUUUUAACAGCUACAUUGUGGAAAGCAAUGUUCUUAAAUGCCAUUAAUGUUAGGCCAGUAGUGCUGCUUGUUCAUGAAUUUUGACAGGUGUAGGAUUUUUAACAGCCUGGUACACCAAUCUCCUUUUUCUUUGGACAAGAAGAAGGGUACCCGGCACUGUUGAAGCACCAACGUGUGCACCUUUUAAUUGGUUUUUUUUUUUAGCAUAGGAAAAUGAUUGUUUACGUACAAGUCGGACAGUAAUAUAUGGCUCUUCAUGUGCUUGCUACACUGAACCUUGAUGAAGUACCAUUGCUCCGUUCAUAUUGGUGAGCCUUGUGAGAGAACCCUCUACAAGAUUCAUCAGAAUGAACUGAGAAUAUGCAGCAGCAGCACUUAGUGACUUACAUUUUCUGUCACUUUUAAGAUGCCAGUUGAAAAGCAACUUUAAAAUAUACCUGGAGUUCCAUCACUUAAAACAGAAAUGUAAUAGCAUCUCUUGCACCAUAUGGUUUUUUAAACAAAAGAAAAACUGUUUCCUUUGUGGCUUGACUAUUGGAGGUCAGGAAAAUCACUGGAGUAGUUUUAACACUUUUUUUUAAAGUUCUCACUGGCUUUGUUUUACUAAAUGUUUAGCAUUUGCAGAGUAGUUUCUGCUGUGGAAACUAUUAGAAUGUAAGUUGGGGUACAUCAGGGAGGACUUUAAUAAGACCUUCUGCAAACGUUGUAUUGAGUUGAAAUAAAGAACAUAAAUAUGCAAGUGUUGUCUUACAUACAGUUUCUUAAGCUGUCAGUACUUGGCUACAAAAUACUUUUGAGUAGCAAACCCCCCACCCUGCUCUCAUCCAAUAAUUUAUUCCAGAAAUAUAUUUACACUUUUUUUUUACACCAAAAACACUACAAAAAUGGUUAGGUAUCCACUUCAGUGCCACUGACUUUAGCCCCUUUUCUGAAAUAUCUCCUAAUACGUCUUUAAUUGGCAGCGGUCAUUUGGCUUAAGGUAUACCACCUCCAGAUGUCCCCUGCUGCAGCAGGCAGGAAAGUAAUGCAUCAGGAGGCAUAAGGUUCAUUGUUCUACUAGUGAACUACUCAGUUAAACAUCUGAUACAGAUGCCCAUUUGCAAAGCAAUAAUUUUAUCAUGGGGUACAUAUAAGACUUGGUAGACCAGUUAUUUGUAUAGUCUUAAAACCACCUUUCUAUGCCUAAUUUGUAAUCCAGGGAAAUGCUCAGAUUCUCUUACAGUUAUGUACCCUUUAUGAUGUACGUUACUGCUUGGCAAAUAGCCAUUUUGAUUCACCCAGUUUUGGGCCACCAAUACUGAGAGAGCUUGGUGUGCAUGGGAGAUUCCAUGUAAUAUUGGAAACAAAUCAUUUAAUGAAAUGCUAUUGAACAUUUGCCCAAGCUGAUAGUGUUUCUAUUGAGCCACAGGAGGCAGAUUACUUGGAGGUCUGUGUUUCCAGUAUGUCAUGCUUAUUCCUAGUAAUCUUCACAGUAGUAAUGAGCCUAUGCGAACACUGUGACUUUUACCUGUUGCCACUCCAGCUGAAAUGUUUUUACCUGUACACAAACAAUACUUGCAGUGCAAAUAAAUUUGCUCCUUCGCCAUCUCUCCUGAAGACAUUAUUUGCAGCUCCUACAACGGAUGAGUAGGACAUUGUUCUAAAUGCAGUGCCGCUGUGUUAUGUUCUAGUUUUAGGCUUCAUCUUUGUUGAUUACUGAUCUCAUAGUAAAAAGUUAAUGAAGGCAAAUAGCCUUCUUUGCCUUUUAAAAUAGUUUUUUUUUUAACACGUGCAUCAUACUUUUAUCGGGGUGGGUGGGGAAGCGUGGUGUGUUUGUCAGCACUUCCCCAGCACAUCACACACACCCUGCAUAUUCCCCCCCCCCCCAAAUCAGAAUGUUUUGCAGGCUUAUCUGCACAGUAUCCAUGAAUGCCUCAUUCUAGAAGUGUUUGCCACACUGACCAUCUUUAGUCUUACCUCAGUCUGCCAAGAUCUGAAAUCCUACAAAGGUUACCACUGCCCUUAAAACAUUGAGAUACAUCAUUGUGAACCAAAGGCUAGUACAAAUUAUGCAUUCUUUAAAAUAAAAUAAAAAUUUAUGUGCUGCAGCCUCUCUGGCAAGAUGUUCUGACAAAGCGCAAUAAGUGCUGGAACAAACUAUGUAACUGCUGUUGUCACUGUGAAGUAUUCUUGUAUUUCUGAUGUUUACUAUUGUUUGAGGUGUAAACAGUCUUGCAUUUGCACAUAAGCACAAGCUGCUAUGAUAGAAGGUGGGUUGUUACAUUAACCUCCGCUUCUGCAUGAAUACUUAUGCAGUGUGAUUCAAGACAUCCGAAAUUGUUGCGUAACUUGUAACGUGUGGUUUUUCUAGUUAUUUGACUGUCAUGGUUUCAGUCCUAACAAUGCCUAAAGCAGAACUGCUUCAAGACCUGUUUUUUUUUCCUUCAUUAGAUGAAUACACUAAUAUGGAUGAACUUCACAAAUAAGCAACCAUUCCAUCCUCUAGAAAUAGCUUUUGCUUUGCAUAUUAUGUGCUGCUUGAGAGAUGUAAGAUACUGACUGGAAAGAUACAUUUUGUGCUUGUUUGAAUGUUUAAUAUUGGGUGGAAAGUUACUCACUUCAGUGGGAAAUCAGAUGCUACCCACUUAAAACUACUAGUGGCUCAACUAAGCUUAAUUAACAGAUUUAGUGCUUGGAUUCUCAGCUGCUGGAACCAAAUCUACUGUUCUAACAGUUGUAACACUUGCAAAAAGUAUUUCCUUCUAGCCCAGUUUCCAUUUUAUACUAGUCUGUAUGCUUGAGUUUUGAGGAAAGAACUGGGAAAUUAAUAGCACCUGUGGGAACAGUUCCAAAUUAAGCCAAUCUGCCUGCCAUUUGGAACAACUUACAGUGAUUAAUUACAGUAUUGUAUUUUGAACAUGAAUGUGACCAACUUGAUGUUACUGGAUGCUGUAUGAAUUAUAUGUCGAGUGCAGUUCCUUGAUGCCAGUAAUCAGUUGGUACAAUUAUAAAGCCUCCUUCAUCGAGUCUCUGUUUUAGGUCUUUGAAUACUUGUGUUUCUCCCCCAAAUAUUAGUUUUGAGCAAUAAAGUUUGAUAUUGCAUAAGAUUCUGUGA